AUGGCAGAGCUUUCUGAGACAGAAGGGCCAGUGGAUUGGAAAGAACGUUGUGUAGCCCUGGAGUCCCAGCUCAUGAAAUUUAGAGUUCAAGCAAGCAAGAUACGAGAGCUCUUAGCAGAGAAGAUGCAACAGCUUGAGAGACAAGUUAUUGAUGCUGAGCGUCAAGCAGAAAAAGCUUUUCAACAGGUACAAGUUAUGGAAGAGAAGUUAAAAGCAGCUAAUAUUCAAACCAGUGAAUCAGAGACAAGGUUGUAUAAAAAGUGUCAAGAUCUGGAAGCUCUAAUACAGGAAAAAGAAGACAUCAUUCAAAACUUGGAACUGCAGCUUGAAGAGCAGAAACAAAUAAGGAUUCAAGAAGCUAAAAUAAUAGAAGAGAAAGCAGCUAAGAUCAAAGAAUGGGUAACAGUUAAGUUGAAUGAGUUGGAAUUGGAGAAUCAGAAUCUUCGUUUGAUCAACCAAAACCAAACUGAAGAGAUAAAAACAAUACAGUCAAAACUACAAGAAGUUCAAGGAAAGAAGUCAGUUGUUUCCACACCAAAGCUUUCAGAAGGCCAGCGUCUGAGCAGUCUGACCUUUGGGUGCUUUUUGUCCCGAGCAAGGAGUCCUCCUCAAGUUGUAAAAUCUGAGGAAACGAGCAAGAUAUCAUCUAAAGAACCUGAGUUCACGGAAGGAAAAGACAUAGAAGAGAUGGAAAUUCCAGAAAAAUCUGUUGAUAACCAAAUUCAAGAAAACAACCGAGGUCAGAGAACACUGCAUCAAGGCCCUUGCACAUCAGAGCAGAAUCGUAAAACAGGGACAAGCUUUGUGAUGGAUGGUGGCACAUCCCAGAAUUCUGGGGCUCCCGGGAGUGACUGGAGUUCCGAUGAGGAAGAUGGGAGCAAAGGAAGAUCCAAGUCCAGGUACACGUCUACCCUUUCCAGCCACACAUCAGAGGACGGGGUCCAAAGUAGCAGAAUGGGCAGUGAGACAUAUCUCACAGCCUCUGACGACAGCAGUUCGAUAUUUGAAGAAGAGACCUUUGGCCUAAAGAGACCGGAACACAAGAAGCUGUAUUCUUGGCAACAGGAGGCACAGUGGAAGGCUCAGAGUUGUCCUCUCGGAAAGGGAAAUUCCGAAUCAAGGAAAAAGGAGCGUGAUAGUUCCUCAGACGAACUCAAUAAAAAAUUUCAGUCUCAGAGGUUGGAUUAUUCAUCUUCCUCGAGUGAAGCUAACACCCCAAGCCCUAUUCUGACCCCAGCUUUGAGUCCAAAGCAUCCUAACCCACUCCUUGGAAAAGGCACAGAACUAGGACCUUGCUCCACUCUGCCACCCCCCAAAUUAAGGAUUCCUAAUAUUUUCAGCUUAAGCAUCGCACUAGCCAAAAGGCACCUAAGCCAGCCACAGUUAAGUUCCGACAGGAUGUUUGGCACAAACAGAAACGCUAUAAGCAUGAUACGGCCACUGAGACCUCAGGAAACAGAUCUUGAUCUCGUCGAUGGCAACAAUACAGAAAUUUUAGAGACUAUGGACACUAAUUGUGAUGAUGGAUUAUUUUCCUACGACUGCUUGGAAUCCCCAUGUUCAGAGGACCAGGAAGCCUGCGACUCGGCAAAGAAAGCAGCCUGUGGCAAACCUCCAACUCCACCUCUGCACCGGUUUCCCUCUUGGGAAAGCAGAAUUUAUGCUGUAGCCAAAUCAGGCAUUCGAAUGUCUGAGGCCUUCAAUAUGGAGAAUGUUCAUAAACAUUCUGUUGCAGUGCUUUCCUAUACCACAUCAGGACUUUAUACAUCUCUGAUAUACAAGAACAUGACAACCCCAGUGUAUACAACUUUGAAGGGGAAGGCGACCCAGAUAAGCAGCAGCCCGUUCCUGGAUGACUCCUCUGGGUCAGAAGAAGAAGACAGUUCAAGAUCCAGCUCCCGGACUUCGGAGUCAGACUCUCGCAGUCGGAGUGGGCCAGGCAGCCCCAGAGCCUUGAAGCGAGGUGUGUCUCUCUCUUCUGUGGCUUCUGAAAGCGAUUAUGCUAUUCCCCCAGAUGCUUACUCCGCAGACUUGGAGUACUCACAGCCAGAGCAGAAGCUCCUGAAAACUUGCUCAUCUUCCAGUGACAAUGGGAAAAAUGAACCACUGGAAAAAUCUGGCUACUUAUUAAAAAUGAGUGGUAAAGUCAAGACUUGGAAGCGGAGAUGGUUUGUUCUUAAAGGUGGUGAAUUACUUUACUACAAAUCUCCGAGCGAUGUAAUCAGAAAACCACAGGGCCAUAUUGAACUUAGUGCAUCCUGCAGCAUUUUAAGAGGGGAUAACAAGCAAACAGUUCAGUUGACCACUGAAAAACACACAUACUAUCUGACUGCAGAUUCCCCCAAUAUAUUGGAGGAAUGGAUUAAAGUGUUACAAAACGUUCUUCGAGUGCAAGCUGCCAACCCCCUUUUCCUGCAACCUGAGGGAAAACCAACGGUGAAGGGACUGCUCACCAAGGUAAAACAUGGUUACUCCAAGAGAGUCUGGUGUAAACUUAUAGGAAAAACAUUAUAUUAUUUUCGUAGUCAAGAAGAUAAGUUUCCUUUAGGUCAGAUCAAACUCUGGGAGGCUAAAGUUGAAGAGGUUGACAGAUCCUGUGAUUCAGAUGAAGAUUAUGAAGCCAGUGGGCGAAGUCUGUUAUCCACACAUUACACUAUUGUGAUCCACCCCAAAGACCAAGGUCCAACUUACCUCCUAAUUGGAUCCAAGCAUGAAAAGGACACUUGGCUUUAUCACCUGACUGUUGCAGCUGGAAGUAACAAUGUGAAUGUUGGAUCUGAAUUUGAACAACUUGUUUGCAAGUUGCUAAAUAUUGAAGGGGAACCUUCCUCUCAGAUAUGGAGACACCCUACUUUGUGUCACAGUAAAGAAGGAAUCAUUUCCCCUCUGACAACACUACCUUCAGAAGCUCUACAGACAGAAGCAAUUAAAUUAUUUAAGACCUGCCAACUUUUCAUAAAUGCGGCAGUCGACUCUCCCGCAAUUGAUUACCACAUAUCUCUAGCCCAAAGUGCUUUGCAAAUCUGUCUGACACAUCCUGAGCUACAGAAUGAAAUUUGCUGUCAGCUUAUUAAACAGACAAGAUGGAGACAGCCGCAGAAUCAACCAGGACCACUGCAGGGCUGGCAACUCUUGGCGCUCUGUGUUGGGCUCUUCCUUCCCCAUCAUCCUUUCCUGUGGCUCCUCAGGCUCCACCUAAAGAGAAAUGCAGAUUCCAGGACAGAAUUUGGAAAAUAUGCCAUUUACUGCCAGAGAUGUGUAGAAAGAACACAACAGAAUGGAGAUCGAGAAGCAAGACCCUCAAGAAUGGAGAUUCUUUCCACCCUUCUUCGAAACCCAUAUCAUCAUUCUUUGCCCUUCAGUAUCCCUGUGCACUUCAUGAAUGGAAUAUAUCAGGUAGUUGGAUUUGAUGCAUCCACCACAGUGGAAGAGUUUUUGAAUACUUUGAACCAAGAUACAGGGAUGAGGAAGCCAGCACAAUCUGGAUUUGCAUUGUUCACAGAUGAUCCUUCCGGCCAAGAUUUAGAGCAUUGUCUUCAAGGAAACAUCAAGAUUUGUGACAUUAUCUCUAAAUGGGAACAGGCCUCUAAAGAACAGCAGCCUGGGAAAUGGGAAGGUACGAGAACUGUGCGUCUCACUUAUAAAAACAGAUUAUAUUUCUCAAUGCAAGUUCGAGGAGAGACUGAUAGAGAAAAGUUGCUGUUAAUGUAUCAGACAAAUGAUCAAAUAGUAAAUGGACUUUUUCCUCUGAACAGGGACCUGGCAUUAGAAAUGGCAGCUCUUUUAGCUCAGGUGGAGAUUGGAGAUUUUGAAAGACCUUUUUCCACUCCAGCAGGUCAUGUUACUAAUCAGUGCAAAGCGAAUCAAACUCUAAAACAAGUCAUAGAGAAAUUUUAUCCUAAAAGGUAUAGAGAUGACUCUUCUGAAGAACAGCUAAGGCAGCUUUGCCAGCGACUGUCAACCAGGUGGAUGGCCCUCCGAGGACACAGUGCUGCUGAUUGUGUGCGAAUCUAUUUGACAGUAGCCAGGAAGUGGCCAUUCUUUGGUGCCAAGCUAUUUCUUGCAAAACCCAUAACCCCAUCGUCCCUUGGAAGUACGUUCAUGUGGCUGGCUGUACAUGAGGAUGGUUUAAGCAUCUUAGAAUACAACUCCAUGAGGUUAAUAGUCAGCUAUGUAUACAAGAGUCUAAUGACCUUUGGAGGUUAUCAAGAUGAUUUUAUGGUAGUCAUUAACAAUGCACAUUCGAAGGAGAAACCAACAGAGAAAUUGAUUUUUGCUAUGGCAAAACCCAAGAUUCUUGAAAUCACCCUUUUGAUCGCCAGCUACAUAAACAACUUCUACCAGCAAAAGGCAGUUCACCACCUCUCUGCUCCAGCGCUGCUCUCAGCUCAGACCCAGGGUUUCCAAGCCAGGGUGCUGGGAAGCCAGCCCCUUCUGGCAAGCAGCAGACCAACCAAAGGCCCCACUUUGCUCUGA